AUGAAGUUAUCCACAGUUGGAACUCUGGCUACUUUCUUAGCCAUCCAGCAAGCUACGGCUACUUGGACCACCGACGGCUACUUCCCCAGUCCCGAAAACUGCGACAACAAAUGCACUGAUCAGCAAAAGUCCGGCUUCGACUGGUCCGGGCUUUCUACCGGAUCCUUCUUCUCUUAUGGAGGCCUUGACUUCUCGGGCUUCACCUGCUCGGACAAGCCUUCCAUUCACAAGCGCACUGGCAGCGGAGGCAAAUGCAUCGAGGGCAGCAUCUCUCAGUCUCACGAGUCUGGUCCAAAGAUCAGCUGCGGUGCCGACAAGAAUGGCUUCUCUAUCACGUCCUUCAAUGUCUACACGGAGAAGGAGACGGAUGUUGACUUCAUCUACGGCAUGCCCGAUGGCUCGACCUGCAAGCACACCGCGACCUGCCACCCUGAGGGCACACAAGUGACCAACACCCAGUGUGGUGGUGCCACCUCCGUCGGUUUCCAGAUCUCCAACAGCAGCUCGGUGAAGAACUGCGGCUUUGGCAUCUACAACAUCGGCUUCGACUGCACGCCGGGCAAGCCACGCCCCAGCGUCGUGCCCUCUGUCUCGAAGGUCUCGCCUUCUGUGCCUGGCCUGGCCACUCCAAGCGCCUCUGUGGUCUCGGCCUCUGUGGUCAGGGUGACCCCCGGCAGUGGUGCUUCCGUUCCUGCCGUCUCGUCGCCGGCCAAGCUGACGACCUCGACUGUCUACACGACCAAGGAGGUGACCAUUACUAGCUGUGCUCCUACCGUGACCAACUGCCCGGCCAACUCGGUGACGGUGGUCACCUCGACCAUUGCCAUCUCUACCACUGUCUGCCCUGUCGCUGAGAGCGAGACUCCUUCGGCUACUGGUGCUCUUCCUGGCAACUCUCUUACCUCUGCGCCGGUAGUGCCGACUGGCUCCGUCCCAGCUGGCGGUAGCUCUGGCAGCACUGGCUCCGGCAGCUCUGGCAACAUUGGCUCUACUGGCAGCACUGGCGCUGGCUCUGGCUCCGGCAGCACUGGUUCUACUGGUAGCACCGGCUCUACUGGUAGCAAUGGCUCUGGUUCUGGUUCCGGCAGCACUGGUUCUACUGGUAGCACCGGCUCUACUGGUAGCAA